AUGUUAUUUGCGGCAGGGGCUGAUGCCCCGACCACGCAACCCGCUCAGUCAAAAUCAAUUGCGAUGAAUAUCAAACUGACAACGUCGUUUGUUGUUGGUAAUAGUGAUGAUGGAGGUGGUAGUGGUAGUAGCGGUGGUAGCAUUGCUGAGGCUGUUGGUGGUGAUGCUGCUGCCAUUUGUGCUGUUGCUGCCGCUGCUGGUGGCAAGGAGUGA